UAAGUGCAGCCGUUCAGUGCCCAUCAGUGCAGCUUAUCAGCACCCAUCAGUACAGCCCAGCGAUGGACUGACCAUCUGGAAACUCGGGCACUGCCCGAGGGCCCGGGGUCAGUAGGGGGCCCCAUGAGAUGCCCCUGGUACCUUUUUCAUAGGCUUUUUUGAGUUUGGGCAAGGAUACAGGGGCCCCAUGAUCCCCUAUUGCCCGGGGGCCCCAUGAGUUGUCAGUCCGCCCCUGCUUAUCAGUGCCCAUCAAUGCCGCCUCAUCAGUGCUUAUCAGUGCCACCUCGUCAGUGCAGUCUCAUCAGUGCCCAUCAAUGCAGCCUCAUAAGUGCAGCCAUUCAGUGCCCAUCA